GUUUCAGAGUUGAGAGCCAUCCCACUGUAAGGCGAGGUCAUGAAGAGUCUGAAGGCGAAGUUUAAAAAGAGUGAAAGCCAGGACUGGAACAAGAGCGACGAGCGGCUGCUGCAGGCCGUGGAGCAGAACGAACCCGACAAGGUCACCGCCCUGCUGGUCAAGAAGGGACUCUGCCCCUCCAAGCUCGACGCUGACGGAAAGUCUGCGUUCCACGUGUGCGCGACGCGGGGUCGCGUGGACUGCCUGGAGGCCAUCUUGUCGCACGGGGUGGACGUCAGCUCCACCGACGGCACAGGCUUCAACGCCCUUCACCUGGCAGCGAAGAACGGCCAUGCUGAGUGUGUGAAGAAGCUGCUGCAGGAGAGUUUACCUGUAGAUUCUACAGACAGCUUUGGAAGGACUGCCCUUCAUCAUGCAGCGGUGAGUGGGUGUCUGGGCAGCACGGAGACUCUAUGGGAUUUCAAGGCCUGCCUGGAUGCUCAGGAUGGGGACGGCUCGACCCCUCUGCUCCUGGCUGCCCAGAUGAGCCGGGUAGAGCUAUGUGCCUUCCUGCUGGACCGAGGGGCCAACCCCAAUCUACAGGACAGCCAGGGCAGGACCGCCCUGAUGCUGGCCAGUGAGAGCGACAGCGUGGAGACGGUGGAGGUGUUGCUAAGGGGCGGGGCUGACGCCCGCCUGACUGACUCCCUGGGACACAGCGCCGCCCACUACAGCGUUACCGUCGGCAACGAGCACCUGACGCGGCUGCUGCAGUCCGCGGGCGCGGGUAAUCUCGGGCGAGGCCGUGACACGCCCACGCGUGCCGGGGUCUCAGAGAGAGGGAACGAGAGCCAGUCGUCCUCUGCUCUCUGUGACUGCGGUGUCAGUGGGUGCUUUUACACGCACACUAAUACUCUCAUCUUUUACUCCGAUUAUGGCAAUACUCUGAUUAUUGAAAUGGUCAUGGUCAUAUCCUUAUCGCCCCCUGCCCCCCCUCCCCUUCCAGGCGGGGCCACGCCCCGCAAGAGGAAGGCCCCCCCUCCGCCCAGGUCCCCUCCCCAGGGAUCCCCAUCCGGCCUGGAGCCCCAGGGCCCGCCAACCCCAGCGCAGUCCCCAGAAACACAGCGUCCCCCUCAGGCCGGCCUUACGGAGGAUGAGGAGGUGUUUGAGGAGAUCCGUAAGCUGAGGUUGGAGAGAGGACGUCUGCUCCAGAAGAUCAAGGGCCUGGAGCAGCAGCAGCACAGCGCCCACACUGCACUGGAGGAGAUGGUCGCCUUGCAGGAGCGUCUGGCGCAGGCGGAGGCCGAGCGGGACCGACUGCGCGCGGAGAUCGAGGAGUACAGAGGCCUGCAGGGGGCGCUCAGCGACUCCGAGGUGACCGAGGACACCGAGGACAUGCUGGACUUCCCAGGUGCGGAGAGACUUCUCUCCCGGCAGUCGAGGUCAGAUUUCGAAACCCUCUCUGCCCAGGAGGACGGCACUUCGCAGGGGGACCCCGAGUCUCUCUGCGUCUCUCAGAGCCAGGGGGACCCCGACUCCCUGGCUGAUCUUCAGAGGCAGGUGGAGGAGCUGACCGCAGCCAACGCUGACCUGGUCCUUAAAGUGCAGAUGCUGGAGACCUUCGAGAAGGACGACACGGACCUGCAGAGCUCCAGCCCGGACUUCGUGCCCACCGUCCAGUACGACUCCCUGAGGAAGGAGUUCGAGGGGCUGCAGGAGCGCCUCCUCCGGGCCCAGGCUGCGGCCGAGGCCUCCAGCAUCGUGGAGGAGCACGGGUUUGUUCAGAAGACGGAAGAGGGUGGAGGCGAGGGAGGAGGCGAGGGGGAGGCGGAGAGCGCGGAGGAGAAGGGGGCGAAGCUGCAGGCGGUGGAGGAGCAGCUGGCUCAGACCCAGGCGGAGCUGGAGGAGCUGCGGGAGCAGGUGAAGGUGGGGGUGUUCUCCGUGGAGCAGCUGGAGGAGGCGCAGGGGGAGAGCCAGGAGACGCAGCGCCUCCGGCAGAGGGUGGAGGAGCUGGAGGCGGCGCUGACGGAGCAGCAGGAGAAAGCGGAGGCGGAGGCGGAGCCGGCAGAGGAGAAGGAGAAGGAGGAAGAGAAGGGUGAAACCGUGAAGAAGCUGAAGGAGCAGGUGGAGGAGCUGCAGGCCGCCCUGGCGGAGAAGGGGGCGGAGGAGAAGGGCGGAGAGGGAGACGAACGGGUGAAGGAGCUGACGGAGAGAGUGAGCGAGCUGGAGGCAGCUCUGGCAGAGAGGCAGCGGGAAACAGGAGGAGGGGAGGAGAAGGAGGCGAAGGAGGAGAAGGAGGUGGAGGAGGAGGUGCAGAACCUGCGGGGCAAGGUGACGCAGCUGCAGGAGGAGCUGAGGAGCAGCGUCCCCCGGGCGGAGCUGGAGGAGGUGCAGGUCUCCAUGGCGAUGCAGCUGGAGCAGCUGGCCAGGGAGCGGGCGGAGGCGGCCAUGCGGCUGAACGACGCCCUCCUGGAGCUGGAGAGGCUCCGCCCCCCGCCGCACGGGGAGGAGGAAGAGGAGGAGGAGGAGGACAGGUCCGAGGGGUCAGAGCCUUCCAUCACAUCAGAGCGCUCGGAGCGGCUGUCGGGGGGCCGGACCCUGGCGGCGGUGCGGGAGGAGCUGGAGGUGGCGCGGCAGGAGGCGGCGCAGGCCCUGGACUGCCUGUGUGCCGAGCGGGAGGAGCGGGCGCAGGACGUCCUGCAGCUGAAGGACGCGGUGCCCCGCGCCCAGCACCAGGAGGCGCUGUCCGCCCUGACCGACCAGCUGGCCCAGGCCGCUGGGGAGCUCCAGGAGGAGAGGGCCCUCCACGGGCACGCCCAGCAGGAGGUCUCCAGGCUGGAGGCCGAGCUGCAGGCCGCCCGAAAGGACGCCGUGUCCCUGGAGGAGCACGAGAAGGUCAAGACGGCCCUGCAGCGCUCCCUAGAGGAGAGCGAGGGUAAGGCGCAGGCGGCGGAGGACGCGCUGAGCGCCAAGGAGGCGGAGCUGAGGGUGCUGAAGUCCCAGAGGGCCGCGGAGCAGGGGGCGGUGUCCAAGGAGGACCACGAGGCCCAGCGGCUCUCCCUGCAGGCCGACGUCAACGCGCUGACCGCCCGCCUGGGGGACCUCGCGCGCAAGCACGAGAAGACCUGCACGUUGUUGUGUGUGUUCCAGGUGCAGCGGGAGGCCCUGUUCAACAAGAGCGAGCGGCAGGCAGCGGAAGCUCACCUGGCCACCGUGCAGCAGCAGCUGGCCGACCUGCAGGCCCAGUCCACCCACGUCCAGGAGCUGCACAAGGACAUCCAGGCCUCCCAGGGCCUGGUCAAAGAGAAGGACCGCAAGAUCACGGAGCUGUCCAAGGAGGUGUUCCGCCUGAAGGAGGCGCUGGGGGCGCUGACGCCUCCCCUGGGCCUGACCUCCUCCGGUCCUCCGGGCCAGCAGGCGGCGCUGCAGAACCGAGUGGCCACACUGACGGAGCAGCUCCAGGACUGGGAACGGAAGCACCGAGCGGUGGUGUCUGUGUAUCGCUCUCACCUGCUGGCUGCCGUGCAGGGACAGAUGGAUGAGGAGGUUCAGCACUUGUUGCUGCAGAUCCUGAGCAUGACACAGAAAGGACAGGGUCACUGACCCCGCCCCCAGGCCGAGCAGAACCCUACAGGGCCAGAACCAGCGCCGCGUAGCAUCGUACCAGUCGGAGAGCCCAGCUAUGCACAGAAAUGGACCCGUCAGGUAUUGGACUGAAUUAGAAGCUGGACUGGGCCUUGUCUUUCAGCGAGCUUCAGGAUCAGACCAGCGUUCUCCUAAACAGGAAACAGGAAACGGGUCAGAGAGGCCCCGUGUUUCCGCAGACUGCUUACGGCUCCAUUCAAAACCAUCUUACAGGCAUGAAAAAUUUUUUUUUGGUUUUGACAAGUAGUGGCGCCCUUUUACUUCCAAAUGUGCGCAUUCUGAUUUGAAGAUUCUGAUUUUUUUUUCCACACAAAAAGCCCAAAAGCAGGACUGCACUGCACCCGUCAGUACUGGAAUGGGGAGACUAGCGCAGAAGUGGAAAAAGUUUGGGCUCUAACCAUGCGGCACGUCAACAUUCAUAUCAGUCCGACUUCCACAACUUCCCUUCACAAUGACGAUCUGGUGCCUAAUCACUUAUUAAUAGCAAAUACUAAUGAAAAUUAUACAUGUAAUAUAAUAUCAAUGAAUAACGAUGCACUCAGAAGAUGCAUAAAUAAGUGAUGAAUAGUCCUAGUGUAAGAGCUGUCGCAUUUGCGCAAAGAGCUUCGCCACUUUUGUUGACAUUUCGUUUUUUUUUUAUGUUAUGAGUUCCUUGGGUUUACUGGACAUAUCCGCCUCAGAACCAGCAGAAACAAAGUUUAAGUAUUUUGAUUGUUUUGACAUAAUGCUAGUGUCUUGGAUGACAAAAACAUGUUACAGUGAGAAUAUUUUCAAAAAUAUUAUUUAUUUUAUUUUUUAUUGAAUGUCCCCGUUAGUGUAGGUUUCAGCAUAGCAGAAUCUAUGGUUCCUGAGAUUAAGACCAGAAGUGAGAUUCACUUCUUAGGAAGUCAAGGAAGUCAUUUUCUAAACAACUUUUUAUGAUCUAUUUUUUUCCUUCUUCCACCUGUUGUGAGGGCUCAGUUUGUACCUGCAGGCCUAUUCCAUCACUGCAGUGUCCUCAGUGAGUUUGUCUCAGUAGUACCUGCUGAGAGUGUGCAGUCAGCUGCUCCCUCCUUUCACUUGGCUGUCAAUCAACAGAGCUGCAGUCGCUCACGUCCAAUCAGAGGACAGGGGGGCGUGGCACUGUUGCAUAAUGAGGCAGGGGAUGUCUAGCUGAAACGUAGCUCUUCGUUCCUCAGCGAUGCUACAGCCAAGAAACAGCCGUUGUGAUAAAUGAGGAAAUGGGAUCGAAACCCCUCCAGACCCCCCCCCCAUCCAUUUUCAUUUCAACUUCUGUGCUCCAAAAAUCAAAAUGCAUGUAUUUGAGCAAAAAAACGUGUAUCUCAUUCACAAAUAAUACCUGUAAAUCCUAUUUACAUGCAGGUAAGAACCAUUCAGAAUGGAGCCCUCAGACAUUAAAAUUUUUUUUUUUUUUUUGUGAGUCUGAUCUAUGGGGGCCGUAAGCUGUACCAUGGUGCCACCUAGUGUUUCCAGAAAGUCAUUGCAGCCUUAUGGUGUUGCUGUUCUCGGCAUUUACUGUAGAAUGCUUUACAUUGUGGGGCUUCGUUCUAAAGAGGCUGGAACGAUAGCAGCGCUGGAUGUAAGCCUUCAGUGAAAUGGAGGAUAAAGCAGGCGGGGCACUUGAACUGAAUGCUAUGCGUCAAUCUAAAUGCACUGUUCUUUAAGCUCUGAUUACAUUGCCUACAGUAUUCACUUUGUCUUCCCAGUACGACGGAUAGCGUUGAAUUAAACACUUGCAGAAGGAUUUUUGAGUGUUUUGGUGUAAGCGCUGUAUGAAAUCCAAUUAAACAAUGUAUGUCACAAGCUAAACAGUUUUCGACAA